GAUUGAUUACCUUCACAUCCUUCACAUACAUCUUCCUUAAACGCAACUUCCGAUCAUUAUGGUUCACAAAUAAGCGUCCCUUUUUCUAGAUUCUCAUUCUUUUCUAUCUAUUGUCUCAUCUAGAACCCAAAAAUCAGUCCCACGUUCAUGAAUAGAAAGUAGAAACAAAAACAUCAAGCUUGUGAAAGAGGAGGGUAGUAUAUAUAAGUUUUAAACUUUUAAUUCACAAUCAUAGUUGUGAAUCUCAAAAAGGAUGAAGAUUGUUGUGAUGAUAUUGCUUCCCUUGCUCUUAGCAAUGUUUUUAUGUAUAAGCUCAGCAACAGCAACCACUUCUCCUUCCCCAGCCACAUCCACAAAUACAUCCACAUGUCCUAUGGACCUGAAUUAUGUUCUGAGAAUCCCAUGGAACUCUUCUUCUUGCCAAAACUUCCAAGCUAUGGCAUCAAAAAAUGAAGCAAACACAAACAUUUGUUGCACAUCUCUGUUGUCCCUAUUUGCAAUAGCUUUUGCACAGCACCUGAAAGAAACCUCUCAAUUCAACCUUCCCAACGUUGCUACCUCAAUUUCAUGCCUUGAUGACUUCCAAUCCAAGCUCACAUCCCUCUCACUCCCCAAUAACCUGGCCAACUCAUGCUUUGACCCUCAUCAGUUUGUUAUCUCACCUAACAUCUGUGCAGGUAUUCAAACUGUCCCAGAUUGGAUCAGCAAGCUUGGUCAGAACACGCCACUCAGCACUGCUUGUAAAUCAGAUCUCACUGAUCUUUCUCUCUGUGAUGUGUGCGUGGCUGCGGGCUUACAGGUAAAGCAGAAGCUUAUUUCCAUUGAUGGGAAUGCUUCACAUUCCUUAGAUUGUUUCUACUUCGCAAUUCUUUAUGCUGCUGGAAUUGUGAAUGAGUUUGGACCUGAAAGCAAUGGUGCUGUGACUUGCAUUUUUAGUAUACCGGUUUAUUCACAAGUGGGUUCUGGUGGAAAGAGUCACCAGGCUCUUGUGUUUGGGUUGACAGGAGCUGGUGUAGCAUUGCUAGUUAUGUCUUCUUUGUUGGCGCUGUAUGUCUGGUAUGACAGGAAGCAUAGGAGGAAAAAGCUUGAGACUUUUCAAUUUGAUUUUGACCCUGAAGAACCAGGGUCUAGGCGUAGAUUGAGGCCUAAUACAGGGUCGAUUUGGUUCAAAAUUGAGGAGCUUGAGAAGGCUACUGAUAAUUUUUCAACUAAGAACUUCAUAGGGCGAGGUGGGUUUGGGUUGGUUUUCAAGGGAACCUUGUCUGAUGGAUCAGUGGUAGCAGUUAAGAGGAUAUUAGAAUCUGAUUUUCAAGGGGAUGUUGAGUUUUGUAAUGAGGUGGAGAUUAUUAGCAACUUGAAGCACCGUAAUCUGGUGCCGCUUAGAGGCUGUUGUGUGGCUGAUGAGCAUGAGAGUAAGAAUUAUGAUGAUAGCGGUAGCCAAAGAUAUCUUGUUUAUGAUUACAUGCCAAAUGGAAACCUGGAAGACCAUCUCUUUAUAUCAACGGACCCUCAAAAAGCAAAGAAUUCAUUGACUUGGCCUCAAAGAAAAAGCAUAAUCGUGGAUGUGGCAAAGGGGUUGGCUUAUUUGCACUAUGGAGUUAAACCUGCAAUUUAUCACAGGGAUAUCAAAGCCACCAAUAUACUACUUGAUGAAGAUAUGAGGGCAAGAGUUGCAGAUUUUGGGCUUGCUAAACAAAGUAGGGAGGGUCAGUCUCAUCUUACUACCAGAGUAGCCGGAACUCAUGGAUAUCUAGCACCGGAAUAUGCACUCUAUGGUCAGCUGACUGAGAAGAGUGAUGUCUAUAGCUUUGGUGUGGUUGUUUUGGAGAUAAUGUGUGGGAGGAAAGCUCUUGACUUGUCUUCAGGAGGAUCACCGAGGGCAUUCUUGAUCACGGAUUGGGCUUGGUCAUUGGUGAAAUCUGGGAAUAUAGACGAGGCUUUGGAUGCUUCCCUGUUAAAAGAUGAAAACUUUCCCAGUUCAAAUCCAAAGAGCAUAAUGGAAAGGUUCUUGCUGGUAGGAAUUCUAUGUUCUCAUGUAAUGGUUGCUUUGAGGCCAACAAUUGCUGAUGCUUUGAAGAUGUUAGAAGGUGAUAUUGAGGUUCCCCAAAUCCCGGAUAGGCCUAUGCCUCUUGGGCAUCCUGCAUUUUAUAAUGAUGGCAAUACUUUUAGCAUAUCUCCAGCAUUAAGCGGCCCCAAAUUGCGCAAUGGAGACAUGCUCAGGUCCAUUAAGUGAGAGCUGAGCCCUUCAAAUGGAUCCGAAAGUCCAGAAUGGAGCCUAUUAUUUUUUUUCAUAUGCAGGCCAUUGCAUGGAACAAAAGCAAUUUUUUUUUUUUUUUUUUUUUUUUUUAAACUUUCAAUUUGUGUAUCCUGUUUGCUCUUAUCCCGAUUAAAAUAGUUUUGGUAUAUAGUCGAGAGACGGUUAUAUUUACUAUCAUUUUAGGCUUACUACUUUU